GAACUACCAAUAUUGAGCAAAGCUCAGGUUGCUUCCACUGUUGAAUCUGCCAAAAGUUUGGUGACCCAAGUUUAUAGUCAUUGAUAUCCUGUAAGUUAGAUUGUUGUGAUUAGGAGAAUGAGAAUGGAUAUUCCUUUCGAUACAAAACACCCCAAUAUGAAAUAUCUUUAUGCGAUGCUGCACUUUUCUAAUUUUUUUCUGCUUCUAGAUGGAUGGUGUAAUUGGAAUCUGCUUCUAUAAUUUGCAUUCUGGUAGUUUACCAUGAUGAGAUGUUUGCAUCCAUUCAGUCUUGAGAUGUCAAUUGAUGAUAAAAUGGUAUUUUUAGUGGUUAGUGACAGUCCACACGCGUCUCAACUUAAAAUGUCUCUUAUUAAAUCUGAAUACAGUUAGGUGGUUUGUCACAGUUGUGUGGCAGCCCAAACAAUCCCCAUAAUUAUCUCUUACCAAGUACAUGAAGCCACCCCCCUCACCUAUCCCCAAAAACAAUGAAAAAAUUAACAUGGAAAUAUGAAAUGUACAUAAAUCAAAAUUGAAUUAUUGGUGGGGCAUAGUUGAGUUUUAGAGUUUAACUUAAUGGAACUGACACGAUUUAGCGGUAUGCUAAUUGCCAUUCAUACCUUUAAUGUUAGCUGUUGGCUUCUUGAGCUAGUUGAUUUGGACUUUGACUUGAAGCUUCAGUUGAUGAUAGGAGUUUGCAAAAGCAGACUGCUCUGGAUUGUUAGUUGAUUGUAACUUGUAAGUCUAGAUUGCAACUUAUCAGACAAGAAUCUAAUCAUCUCAAAUUAUUGACUGUAUCAGGAAAACUUUGAGGCUGUAGCUGGUAAAUUCCGAAUGACAGAGAAGUCGGUAUUUACAUUUGGAUAUUUUUCAUGCACCCAACUGAAUUUUUGCAUUGCAAGUUUACAUUUCUGUUUAUCUUUUUGUUUUCACAGUCCACUUCUGUGCGUAAAGAAUUUUAUCAAAACCAUGACUUUAUGCAUUAAGCCUUUCCACACUGGUACACAAAAAGCAGAAAACACAAUAAACAUUAAAAUACACGAUCGCCACACAAUUCAUAGACAUUCAGAUAACUUUUAAUGGUUUUAUACACACAGAUUUUUUGCCUGCCAUCUUCCUCAAUUCAUUGAUAAUGCAUGUUCUCGUGAUAAUAUCUUCUUCAUUUGGUUUCGAGCAGACUCUGGAAAGUGGGCUUAUUAGGAGUGUGCUUUGACAUGGCAAGCUCAAGUGGCGUCAAAGGAAAAGAAGGGAGAUUGAUUGUCUGCUCUGGUUCAUUAGUCCAUCCUUUUGAGAGUAUGGAGCUUGCACAACCAUCCAAACCAAUUGCCAAAUGGCUUAAGGGGCUCUUCAAGUUAUCACCCGAUAAACUUUCUUCGUCUUCUUCAUCAUCAUGUUCCACUUCUUCUUCCUCCUUUUCUCCUUCACAGAAAGAAAAAAACAUAAGGCCACGGGAAAGCUUGCUGCUGCGCAACUGCAAUGCUCGAUUCAGAUAUGCAACCUGCACUAAACGGAAGGAGAACAAAUUUUUCCAUUCGAUCCCUCAUGUUCACAGAUAG